UUAGAGCGGUUAUCUGAGGAUAAAAGAAAACGCGAAUGGGUGCUUGUUAACAAAGAUAAUGAUGAGACAAUUGUUGGUAAAAUCAGUAAGAAGCUUAAGACCAAAGUGUUAAUCGAUCAUUGGGUUGGCCAGGACAGAUCAGAAAAUGUUACAACCUUAGUCAAAUGCAGAAGUUGUAAACUGAAUGGUCAAGUAAGCAUAUUAGAAGAAGUGGUGGGAUACAGAGCAAACUCAGAGAUGACAGCAGUGAAUAGCACAGAAGAGGAAGUUGCAAGCAUA